CGCAGUGAAUUGUGGGAUGGAAAUUCACAGACAUGGCGUCCCGUGCGCUAGCUCUCUGUAUGCGCUCCGUCGCUCGCGCCUCUGCAAGGUUAAAUCAUGGCAACAUGUUAGCACGAUCCGCCUGCGCGCCCCUCACCACAAAACAGCGAGCUCUCUCUGCCGUUUCACGCGGCCAGCGGACGAGGUGGACUGACUUAUUGCGGAUUUCAGGCCCAUCUGUUCAUCUGUGUCGGCGUUACGGUGAUCUUCCACCCCUCACUUUAGAGACCAUCCAAGACCGUGUCAUAUACGUCCUUAAACUGUAUGACAAGAUCAAUCCAGAAAAGCUUCAAACAUCAUCUCAUUUCAUGAAAGAUCUGGGGCUGGAUAGCUUGGACCAGGUGGAGAUUAUCAUGGCUAUGGAAGAUGAGUUUGGAUUUGAGAUCCCAGAUGCAGAGGCGGAGAAGCUUAUGACUCCUGAGGAGAUCGUAAGGUACAUUGCGGAUAAAAAAGAUGUGUAUGAAUAGAGGAUUGACUAGGAUUAAACAAUAUGGAUGUGGAACAGCGGUAUCCACUCGUCAUCCAGAUUCUGUCUCUUGCUUAUGGUGUCAACUGCCUUGUCAUGUGUACUGUUGUAUUUAAUGAAAAUGUCACUAUAAACUCUUGGAAAAUUGAGCUGAAAAUAAAGCCAAGACUAAAUUGUAAUUCUUUGGUUUGUCAUGCCACAAGUGAAGCUUCUCACUAGUCCCUCUGCUGGAAGGGAAGUGAAACAGCUACUUAAUUUACAAGGCAGUGCCACUUUUUUCAAAUGAAAAAUUGCAUCCAUCACCAGUUUAAAAUGCAAAGAUGUCUGUAAGCAAUUUGUAAAGAUGUUUCAAAAUGUGUGGCGCUUUCAACACUAUUUUGAGGCAGGUAGUACGUGAGUGAAGUUCCCACGACAUCAUCUUAUGAUUACUGGAUAAAGAUGAUUAAAAAUCAUUCAAAUUCAGGCUGAUUUACUUAAUAAUUUAGACUGAUUUAAGGAGUUUGGUUCACAUCCACAACUUGUUCAGGCCUCAAAGUCAUGUUUGAAAAGUAUUUUUUGGAGAUUUAUUUGGUGGCACAGAAAUUAUACUGCACCGUUAAAGGUGUAUUGGAUCUUUAACAUUUUACUGGCCAAUAGAAAACUGAAUGACAACUGCACGUGACAUCACCCUUGAUUUAUGAUUUAGUAUUGCAGCAGUGCUAAAGCCAUCUCAUGAUAGUCCACCUUUAUGUAAAAUAAAACUACUUUUUCAAGGCCA